AUUACCAAAAAUUUUUGUAAUAGUCUCGGAGGAUUCAGCAGGGGUUUUGGGUGGAUUUGACAAAGAUGGUGAUCGAUAACGAUUUGAGCAAAUUUUUGCAAUAUGACCCUCACGGUUACACAGUUGACAAGUUACAGCAUAUCGAUGUGGGCAAACUGUAGCUAAAUGUCCAGGAGUAUCACAUAUUUGACAAACAGAGUCAAACAGAGUAGUUUACAGUAUUAGGCAAUGGAAUAUGUUGGUCAGUUGAUAUAUUAUUCUUUUCCUUUUUCAACUUCCUCUUGGACGGACUUUCAGAUGGGCAAUUCCAUAAUGAUUCAGGAGUAUCCUCAACGAUUCCUGUGUAAAAUAAUAUAAAGUUAAGCAAAAGACCAGGAUAUUACAACACAGUGAGAUUUGUUGAAGGCAAAAGACCAAGAGAUUUCAAAACAGAGAGAUUUGUUGAAGGCAAAAGUAGGAGAUAUGGAAUUUUUGUUGGGGCUGAGUCCAUUAGCAGCGCCAAUUUUGUUGGGGCAAAGGCUAGAGAUUGCAAGAUUGAAAGAUUUGUUGGAGGCGAAAGCUCAAGAGAUAACAGAACAGAAGGAUUUGUUGGAGGUACAAGACGAUUUGUUGGAGGCAAAAGACGAUUUGUUGGAGGCAAAAGACGAUUUGUUGGAGGCAACAGACCAUUUGUUGGAGGCAAAAGACCAAAAGUUGGCAAAACAACAAGAUUUGUUGGAGGCAACAGACCAUUUGUUGGAGGCAAAAGACCAAAAGUUUGCAAAACAACAAGAUUUGUUGGAGGAAAAAGCCCAUGAGACUGCAAAAUUGGUAGAUUUGUUGGAGGCAAAAGCCCAAGAGAUUGUGAACCUGCAAGAUUUGUUGGAGGCAAAAGCUCACGAGAUUGAAAAACUGCAAAAUUUGUCAGUGGCAAAAGCCCAAAAGAUUGCAAAGUUGCAAAAUUUGUUGGUGGCAAAAGCCCAAGAGAUUGCAAAGCUACAAGAUUUGCUAGAGGUAAAAGCCCAAGAGAUUGAGAGGAUGGAAGAUUUGUCGGAGGCAAAAACCCAAGAGGUUGUAAAACUGCAAGAUUCAUUGGAGGCAAAAGCCCAAGAGAUUGCAAAACUGCAAGAUUUGUUGGAGGCAAAAGCUCAAGAGAUUGCAAAACUACAAGAUUCGUCAGAGGCGUUGUUGGAGGCGAAAGCUCAAGAGAUUGCAAAACAAAAAGAUUUGUUGGAGGCAAAAGACCAAGAGGUUGCAAAACAGAAAGAUUUAUCAAACGAAAAAACCCAUGAGAUUGCAAAACUGCUAGAUUUGUCAGAGGUAAAAGCCCAAGAGAUUGCCAAACUACAAGAUUUGUCAAAGGCCAAAGCCCAAGAGAUUGUAAAACUGCAAGACUUGUUGGAGGCGAAAGCUCAAGAGAUUGCAAAACAGAAAGAUUUGUUGGAGGCAAAAGACCAAAAGGUUGCAAAACAACAAGAUUUGUUGGAGGAAAAAGCCCAUGAGACUGCAAAACUGAAAGAUUUGUUGGAGGCAAAAGCCCAAGAGAUUGCAAAACUGCAAGAUUUGUUGGAGGCAAAAACCCUAGAGAUUGAAAAACUGCAAAAUUUGUCAGAGGAAAAAGCCCAAGAGAUUGAAAAACUUCAAAAUUUGUCAGAGGCAAAAGCCCAAGAGAUUACAAGAUUACAAUUACAAGAAGAAGAGGCUAACUCGAUGGUCAUCAAAGAAAGAGAGGCAGCUCAGAAAGCCAUUGAAGAAGCAAACACCGAAGAGACGGCAAAACUGCAAUUACAAGCUUUGCUUGAUGUGAAUAAGCAGAAAGUAGAGGAGGCAAAGCAAGCUUAUACUCAGGCUCAGGCUGAAAAUGGUGAACUGACUAAAAAGCUUAACGAGGAAGAGAAGAAAGCAAAACUUGCUCUGGCCGAAAAGGGAGAAUUGACUAAAAGGCUUACAGAAGAAGAGAAGAAAGCAAAACAACUUCAAGACUCUGUGAACAGCCUUGAAGAGAAGUUCUCCAACUCAGAAACAGAGAAUCAAAAACUCCGUCAACAAAUCAUUCAGGUUCCUGGUUUUGUGAAAUUUAUUAUGGAUGUAAUCUUGGCCUCAACUCGGAAAAUCUUUGGAUCAAGAGAAGAAGAAAAUUGAAGAGCAAAACUUAAUUGCAAAGAAAAAAUUUCAAGGACAAGGUUCCCAGGAAGGAAAACCUCAUUAAGAUUUGUAUUAAUUAUUUUACUCUUUCCUGUUUUUAUUAUGACCACCUUCAAUAAAAUUCCAGAAUUAUU